AGCGCGUCAUCUUGUCACGCUACUGCUGUGAACUUGGUCCCACUUUCCUAUUUAUGAUUUGCACUGAGUAACUCCGAGACAAUGUCUACCCGGCUCUUAGAAAUAAUCUUUUUCUUAUAUUUUGCCUCUCACAUUCCCAUCACAUUGUUUAUCGACUUGCAAGCCCUGCUGCCGGAACAGGUGUACCCCCAGCCGCUGAAAGAUCUUCUGAGGUGGUAUGCAGCGGAGUUCAAAGACCCCAUGGUGCUGGAUCCUCCACAGUGGUUCAAGUCCUUUGUUUUCUGCGAAGCUUUGUUUCAGAUGCCUUUCUUUCCCAUUGCGGCUUAUGCUUUCCUAAAAGGUGGCUGUAAGUGGAUCAGGACUCCUGCCAUUGUGUAUUCCACACAUGUGGCCACCACACUGGUCCCGAUUCUGGCCCACAUCCUUUUAUAUCAGUUCCCUAUGAAGCCCCACCCCGGUCCCCAGACUGCACAGGAGCGCUGGCUGCUGGUCUCCAUAUAUGCUCCAUACCUGCUGGUACCUGUGCUGCUGCUCCUCACCAUGCUGCUGUCCCCCACAUACAACUCCACCAUCAAAUCUGGACAUACAUCAGCCAAGACCAAGAAGAACAAGUGAUGCAUUAGCAGACUGCACCCUGUCUCAUUUACUCAGAUUUUAGAAGAUAUAUUUUUCUGCAUUUCUGAAUGGACCGUUUGUUCGUGAUAUGCUCUUUAAUUAAUUAAUUACUAAUUGGACCCAUGUUUGUUGGAUGCGUUAUGUGUUUUUAUCAGUAUCAGAGUCCAAUUAAUACAUUUAUAAAGUGUCUUAAUGAAAUCAGGGUAAAUGUCGAUUCUUUAAAGGGCCAAGUGUGACACUGAGGGUCACUGAGCCCUGGUGGUUAAUCACAGAGCCCACAUGGUCAGUCUGUUCAUGUUUAUGUAAUUGGGUCUUAUGGUGUUUAUUGUAGACUAGGAUGAACACAAGCAGGACAUAUCACUGGAGUGGGUGUAUUAAUUCCCAGCAGUUUAAAGACAUAAUGUUAAAUGUUCAUGGGAACCAAUACAUCUGCAACCCACUCUAUAGUUUCACCCUUGUAUUUUUUACAAGAUGGAGAGAUUUAUAUGAUUGUUUCUUCUAGUAUGUGAUGAAUGCUAAUAUUUUAUACCUUCUUUAUUAAUGACUUCAUUAUAGUAAUUUUUUUCACAGCUGAUAUUCUGACACAGGUGUUACUAGUGACAUAUACAAUGGCUCUGCUUUCAGUCAGAAGCAGCUCAGCGAAAUUCAGCCUGUGCACUGGUGCUUUUGUUACUUUGUGUGAAGAAGGCCCUUUGAUUACUGGGUAACAUAUUGUGUUCAUCCAUGGCUAUAUAGCUAAACACAGUAGAAGCACCAUCAGAAAGUCUGCUAAUGGAAGUGGGAGCAGGUUGUAGUUUGGUGUUCUGACAAUAACCUGUUCCUCAAUGGCAGCAAAAA